GUGUUUGGCGACAAUCUGUUUGCGAAAGAGGCGCUGUGGCCUGAAUUUGAAGCGCUGAUGGGGUUGGGUGAGCACAAACCCUUUGAAUGUGUGGGCACGGCCGAAGAGACAUUCGUGGCCCUAAAAAAGGCCCGCUCGCGCUACAAAGCUACAUAUCCUAAUAUGGAUUUGCCACAGUUUUUUAAUCUGCACCAGCGCACUCUAGACAGGACGCCCGACGCUAUGAAGCACACGGUCGCGUCAACGGCAGCAGAUGAACAG